CCUGGAACAAAUAUGUUUCACUGACAUGUUUCCUCAGGUGUCUGGUUGUCUACCCCUGGACUCAGAGGUAUUUUGGCAACUUUGGAAACCUCUACAACGCCGCUGCCAUCWYUUCAAACCCGUUAGUUGCAAAACACGGGACAACUAUCUUGAAUGGUCUUGACCGGGCUAUGAAGAACAUGGACAACAUCAAGGAAACCUACACCGAGCUCAGUGUGCUGCACUCUGAGAAACUACACGUGGAUCCUGACAACUUCAAGCUGCUGGCUGACUGCCUGACCAUCGUGCUCGCUGCUCGGAUGGGUGCAGACUUCAGUGGUGAAGUGCAAGCAGCUUUGCAGAAGUUCCUKGCUGUGGUGGUGUCCUCCCUGGGAAGACAGUACCACUAGAGAGCUGCAGCACAAGAGAAGAACGUCACGUGCUGACCAUUUGUUCAGAGCCUCUUUGUUUUGCUCUCAAAAACAAAUAA